CCUAAGAUGCAAACUUCAACCAUGUCUUUAUGUUAUCCGCAUUCAAACUUUUGUUCCAUUCCUUAACAUACUUUAAAUACCAUGCCCCUCUCACCAUCUCUUAGAUCCGAACAAUUCUCAACCCAACCUUUCUCCUCUCCUUGGCCACACCUUGAACUGAAAACAUGGGAAGCAAGGACAUCAAAGUUGAAGACACUGACAAAAAGUUUCCACAUUGGUACCAAAUGAGACCACAAAUAGGCUUGAGAAACACCCUCAUUUGGUUCUUCCUCAUCGUCUCCAUGCUCUACGUUAUCUACUCCACUAAUUUCAUCCUCACCAGUGAACAACAUAAAUGUCCCACCUCUUUAGGUUCCUCCAUAGAACAACAUCUUCAAACGAUCACCAACGCAUCUUCCACCAAUGAAAAAGACUUAAAAGAUGAAGUCGUGCAACCUCUACUUCCACAAAAAUCCCAAAGAUAUGACACUGAACUCAAACACAUUGUUUUUGGGAUAGCAGCCUCAUCAAAUUUAUGGGAAAAGAGAAAGGAAUACAUAAAAGUAUGGUGGAAGCCUAAGGUAACUAGAGGGGUGGUUUGGUUAGAUAAAAAAGUGACAACUAGAAUAAAUGAAGGGCUACCGGAGAUUCAGAUCUCUGGGGAUACUUCAAAAUAUAAGUACACAAACCGGCAGGGACAGAGAUCAGCAUUGAGAAUUUCAAGAGUGGUUUCUGAGACAUUGAGGCUUGGGUUUAAAGAUGUUAGAUGGUUUGUGAUGGGUGAUGAUGACACGGUUUUUAUGGUGGAUAAUGUUGUGAGGAUACUUUCCAAGUAUGAUCAUAGGCAGUUCUAUUAUAUUGGGAGCUCAUCAGAGAGUCAUCUUCAGAAUAUAUAUUUCUCAUAUGCCAUGGCCUAUGGUGGGGGUGGAUUUGCUAUAAGCUAUCCUCUGGCCAAGGAGUUGGCAAAGAUGCAGGAUCAUUGCAUUCAGCAGUACCCAGCUUUAUAUGGCAGUGAUGACAGAAUUCAGGCUUGCAUGUCGGAGCUAGGAGUACCACUUACCAGGGAACCUGGCUUUCAUCAGUAUGAUGUCUAUGGAAACUUAUUAGGCCUUUUAGGAGCCCAUCCUGUCACUCCAUUGGUGUCAUUACACCACCUUGAUGUGGUGGAACCAAUAUUUCCACGCAUGACCCAAGUCAAAGCCCUCCAACAUCUCACACAAUCCAUCCAGCUUGAUUCAGCUAGUAUAAUGCAACAAUCAAUCUGCUAUGACAAAAAACGAUAUUGGUCCAUCUCCAUCUCAUGGGGUUAUGCGGUUCAAAUCUUAAGGGGAGUGAUUUCUCCCAGAGAACUAGAGAUGCCUACAAGAACCUUUCUCAAUUGGUACAGAAAAGCUGAUUAUACAGCAUAUGCAUUCAACACUAGGCCUGUGAGCAGGCAUCCUUGUCAGAAGCCCUUCAUUUAUUACAUGAGCACCUCUCGAUAUGAUCCAUCCAGGAAGCAAAUAAUUGGGAUUUACUAUCGCGAUAAAUCCCGGCCUCCUUACUGUCGGUGGAAAAUGGAGUCACCAGAAAAAAUUGAUUCCAUUGUAGUCAUCAAAAGACCAGAUCCUCUACGCUGGCAGAAGUCACCAAGAAGAGAUUGUUGUAGAGUUAUGCCAUCACAAAAGAGCUCAACAAUGUACUUAUGGGUAGACAAUUGCCGUGAAGGCGAGAUUAGUCAGUUUUAAUAGCAUCAAGGAACCUAAACUUGAUCUCUCAGUGUUCUUAUCUUCUUAUUUGAAGAUUUCUCAAAGGCAGAUAAGCAAUGGAAUCAACGCUUUGGGUGUCAAUCGGAUCAGAGCUCAGCAGAGAUUGAUUUGCAAGCUCAAAUCCCACCAUUAAAUCCACAUAUGAAAAGAACUUUUAAAUCAACAUCAUUGAUCAUGAAAUGAGUUAGCUACAAUUAGCUAUUUCUUGUUUUUUUUUUUUUUUU